AACAAAUUCCAUUCCAAUACCCAAACAGCCCCUUCUUUCUCUCUCUUUCACUUUCAGUCUCUCUCUCUCCUCAAAACCCUACUCCAAUCCCAAACCCCCACACAGCGAUCACAACCAAAACCUCUCUAAAACCCUAGCCAUGUCCUCGAUACUGCUUCGUUCCCGUUCAAUCUCCCGGCUAUUAAAGGCCAAUGGACGCCUAUUGAGCUCCGAUGUGCCUUCAACGCCUCACAAAGAACCACUCGUCGGAACCCAAUCCUUAAUCUCCGAUACCACAUCUCCACCUCCGCCUCCACCGCCGCCACCAAGCGCUCCGGCUCCGAACGCUUCAAGUAGCAAAUCCUGGAACUUCCUCAAGUACUCCCUCAUUGGCGCGAUCACUGGAGCCACUGCUGCUGUUGGUUAUGUCUCGUAUGCAUACUCUUUGGAUGAAAUUGACGAAAAGACCAAGGCUCUCCGAGCAGCACCUUCAACUAACAAGGUGGCAGAUGAUGCGUCUGCUCUUGAAAAAUUUAAAAGUCGGGUAUACUCUUCUACAAUUACAGUUCCUGCUAAAGCAGUUGAAGCUUACAUUGAUGCAAGGAGGACGAUUGAAGAACAAAUUCGAGGCUAUACUGAACCAUAUGCGGAGAAGCUUCUUCCAGAUUUGCAUCCCAUGGAGAAACAUGUUUUUACCCUUGUUCUGGAUCUCCAGGAGACAUUACUAUACUCUUAUUGGACGCGAGAAAAGGGCUGGCAGACUAUCAAAAGACCUGGAGUUGAUGCUUUUUUGGAACAUCUUGCUCAGUUUUAUGAAAUCAUCGUGUAUUCAGACUAUUCAAAUAUGUAUGUAGAUCCUGUAAUGGAGAGACUGGACACCAAGCAUUGUGUACGAUAUAGGCUGGGAAAGGCUGCCACUAGGUAUCAGAAUGGAAAACAUUAUAGGGACCUUUCAAAACUUAACAGAGAUCCAAAAAAGAUCAUCUAUCUGAGUGCACACGCACGAGAAAAUAGUCUUCAGCCUGAAAAUGGUGCCGUAAUAAAGCCAUAUAAGAAUGAGUUGGAUGACACAGCUCUUGUGGAUUUCAUACCAUUUCUUGAAUUUGUUGCCCGCAAUCCUCCAGCAGAUAUUAGGCAAGUACUAGCAUCGUAUGAAGGGCGUGAUAUUCCUGCAGAGUUCAUUAGGCGAUCCAAAGAGCAUCAAAAGCGAAUGCAAGAAUCGAAGCAGCAGGGUCGAUUUUGGCGACGUUGAGAUCAGGAGGCCGAGUCAAGAGUAUUGUAAAGACUAGGUGAUGUUUUCAAGUACAACCGGCUAACGGAUUUUCGAGUCAGUGUUAAAGUAGCUAUCGAGAAAGUUCCGGAGAAAUGAAAUUUUGAAUCGAUCAUAAUUCUUUUGCGGCAUGGAUUUGACAUUACAAAGUUCCGGAGAAAUGAUAUUUUGGCGUAAAAUUUCUAUGGACAGCAGAAUUUUGGCUCACAGCAAUUGAUAUUUUGUAAUGCCCUGGGAACAAAGGAUUUGCAACUCGUCUAUUUUCGUCGUUUCCAGCAUCUGCUCAAUUUAGUCACUCAA